AUGGCUGCCUCUUCUUCUCGUUCCAAUCCACUCAAUAUUUACCUCGAUGAUAGCCCGUUUACCAAGCCGGACAUUUGCCGGCAGCUCAUUAAUGAUGGUCGUCAAGCUCUGGCUGAUGGCGUCAAGUCCCGAGGUCAGCAAGCUUUCAUCGAAUAUGCUCGAAAGGUGAUGGUCUCAUGUGAACAAUCAGGCAUCAAUUCUUUUCAUCUCCGGUUUUCAAAUCCAGGUGACUACAUAGCCCAUUCAAAUGAAUGGAUCCGAGUUGCAGGACGUACAAGGAGCGUUAUGGAGCUUGAUCUUGAUUUCUCAGAUGUCAACUUGCAUGACAAGUUUCCAGAAGGCAACAAUGCGUGUGCUGAAUUAGUCUCUGACUUUUAUGAUAUGUAUCGAUCUUCAUUGGAUACAUUGAAGCUCACGGGAUGCAAUUUUGAUCCAGCUAAGCUCAAAGAAUUUAAGCAUCUUCACAACGUGAUCAUUGCGAGGAUUGCAAUGGAAGAUGAAAUGUUACAAGAGCUGAUCAAGAAUUGUGAUCACCUGGAAGAUCUUUCUUUAAUCAGGUUAACUUCAUUGUAUUUAAUUAGGAUUGCCGAUGAAAAAGGAGCACUCAAAAGGUUGACCAUAGAACAUUGUCAUUCAGAAGACACCGGACUUGUUGAAAUAGAGGCUAGGAACUUGAAGUACUUCAAGUACUUUGGCAGGGUCAAGUUAUUUACCAUUGAAGCACCUAGAGUGGAAGAGGCGGUUUUUGAUUUCUCUUUUAGAAAAAACUUCACUGGUGAUGAGGGGUGCCUUUUUGUCUGGCGUCAUCAGCUCAUUUGUCACAGCAAAAGAAAUAACUGUCUGCAGCUAUACCAUUCAGGUUUGGUGCUACCUCAUGGAGAUGAUCCACUACGCCUGUCUUCUUCAAAUCAAAUGCUUAGGCAUUUGAUACUGAAAAAAGUGGCCAUGCACCCGAAUGAGCUGCCAGGUGUUGUGCUCUUGCUAAGAAGUUACCCUGAAUUGGAGAACCUUACUGUUACAAUGGAUGAUGUCAAACAGAUUGAAGGAUUUACUUAUCCAUUCGACAAUAGACCUGCAAAUGCUGCUGCUUUUUGGGCCUUACAAAUAACAACGAUAACAUGCCUGAAUCGCCAUUUGAAGAAGGUCACUGUGCAAGGUUUCAAAGGGACUGCUAAUGAGUUAGCAUUUCUGAAAUUCCUGCUGAGGAAAUCCAAUGUUCUCAAAGAUAUGAUUCUUGAAGUUGCCAGCGAUGGCAACAUUGAGAAUCGUAACCGCUACAUGGGCCUUGCACAAACCCUGCAUGGUCUGAAUAAUGCUUCCCCUGAUGUCACAACAACUAUUCGCUAA